GGGAGGCGACAAUAAGAGGCGGCCGGACUAGCAUAAGAGCGGAGCGGCUGGAGACGGGAAGCGGGAGAAGGUGAGGCGAUCGCUGUGGAGCGGAUACCGGGAGAGCGGAGGAUGUGACGCGGUGCUAUUUCCGAUGACGUCCUUGUUGGUACCCAUAGUAAAUUGGCACAGAAUUUUCUGGCACCAAUUUGGAAAUACCUGACUUGCAGUAUAAGGUGGUCACCCUACUGAGCAGCUGUGACAUGUCAGGAGAUCUUUUGUGCAACGCUGGGCAUUCGUCCAGCAUAAAGAACACUGAAGUGGGACCCCCACAUCCCAUGAACACACAAGAGGAGGAGGGGAGCAGCGCCUUUCCUGAGUCCGUCCUGAGGCUGCGUAGAGGACACAUGCCAGUCACCUCCGAGGGCACCAACUCCCAACAUGACCAGUGUGAUGAUAUGUGCGCCCUUCUGGCUGACCCCCCUCCAUGCCCUGCCCAGGAGAAUACACCGGAGGACAGUGAUGGAGUAGAAGAACCAGUCCAGGAAGAUGAAGGCUUCAUGGGAAUGGCUCCUCUUCUACAGGCUCAUCAUGCUAUGGAGCGGGUGGAGGAAUUUGUCUGCAAGGUAUGGGAAGGGCGGUGGCGUGUCAUUCCUCAUGACGUGCUUCCUGAUUGGCUGAAAGAUAAUGAUUACCUCCUGCAUGGGCAUCGCCCACCAAUGCCUUCUUUCAGGGCCUGCUUCAAAAGUAUCUUCAGAAUACACACAGAGACUGGCAACAUCUGGACCCACUUAUUAGGCUGUGUUUUCUUCAUUUGCCUUGGCAUCUUCUACAUGUUCCGGCCCAACAUGGCAUUUGUUGCCCCAGUGCAGGAGAAGGUGGUUUUCGGCCUCUUCUUCCUGGGUGCCAUCCUCUGCCUGUCCUUCUCAUGGCUCUUUCACACCGUGUAUUGUCAUUCAGAGGGAGUGUCUCGUGUCUUCUCCAAGUUGGACUAUUCUGGCAUCGCCCUUCUUAUAAUGGGAAGCUUUGUUCCCUGGCUCUACUACUCCUUCUACUGCAACCCACAGCCUUGUUUCAUCUACUUAAUCAUCGUCUGCGUUCUGGGCAUUGCCGCCAUCGUUGUCUCCCAGUGGGAUCUCUUUGCCACCCCUCAGUACCGUGGUGUUAGAGCUGGUGUAUUUGUAGGACUGGGUCUCAGUGGAAUUAUCCCCACCCUACACUUCAUCAUCUCAGAAGGGUUCCUGAAAGCUGCCACCAUGGGGCAGAUAGGCUGGCUUCUUCUCAUGGCCUCCCUGUACAUCACAGGCGCUGCUCUAUAUGCCGCUCGCAUCCCUGAAAGAUUCUUCCCCGGAAAGUGUGACAUCUGGUUCCAUUCUCACCAGCUGUUCCAUAUUUUCGUUGUGGCCGGAGCAUUCGUCCAUUUCCACGGAGUCUCCAACCUGCAGGAAUUCCGCUUCACAGUGGGCGGUGGCUGCGCAGCCCAGGAGGUGCUGUGAGGAUCUCGCCACCAUGGAGGGAGCGCAGCACAAGAUCUCAACUGAUGCACAAGAUGGUCGGGAGGAUAGAACCUCCCUUAACCACCAUGUGAGGGACAGAGGAGAGGCAGCAGCAGACAUACAAGUCCCAGAAAGACUGUGGAACCUAACAAUCUUACCUCAAAUACCAAGUGUAUGACUAUGUCUAAUUUAUUCCUGGGGAGGGGGUCACAUAUCUUUACCCUUUCCAUUCUGGGGGGAGGGGAUUUAUGGUCUCUCCUGCACUGACUUUGGUUUAAAUUUGACUUGCUGCUUGAGCUUCCCAGAAGCAGGAGACUCCAUACCUCUGGGCAGGGCUAUCCUGCGGUAUAACAUCUAUUACUUUUUUUUUAUUUUUAUUAUUGUUCUCUGGAAUAGGGUCUUACAAUAUUUUUUCCUGUAACGCCUGGUAAAAAAUCACAGUUCUUAUUUUUCUCCCACAGUGACUGAAAAUGUUGAUUUGUUAUAAAGAUCCAAGGAGCAGUCAGUGAGAAUUUAAUGUAAAUAAUUAGAAAGAGAACUUUCUAAUUUUCUGUUUAAAAAGAAAAAAAAAACUAAAAAAAAUUAUAAAAAAUAAAACCUAGACAUUUUUGAAAAUUAGAAGAGAUGACGUAAAAAAAUUUACAGUAAAAGAAAAAAAAUUCUAUUGUGUAUAAAAAUAAUUUGUACCAUUCACUGUUCUGGGCGGGUUUGCACAUGGGUGGAGCAGGGUGGGUGUUUUUUGUUUUUGUUUUUUUGCUUUGCAGAUGCCAUGACUGAGAUAAGCACAUCCUGUUGUCAAGGUGGGUAGGAGGUCAUUCAAACACUGAGCACUAGAACUGUUGUCCCCUAUUGCUUGGGGGCUUUAUAUGAAACUUUGUCAUGGAUUUGUGGGGCUCCUGCAUGAAUAAACAUGCAGAACCUAAAAAAAAAUAAAAAAUCAAGCUGAAGAAAAGGAGCUUCACUCUGGGUAUGUUUACAGUCCUCACUCAACUCUUCUCUUUUUUUUAUAUAUAUAUAUAUAUAUAUAUAUAUAUAUAUAUAUAUAUAAUUAGUGAGGGCCGUGCCCUGCCAUUGAUCAGUAAUAGACCUCCAAUUACUGCAUCUCUCCCCCUUUAGUGGGCCAAGCUAGAGGCUGCCUAUUGCCCUACGAGGAGCCAAUGAGUAAUCUUAUGUAGGAAGAAUUAGAAUUUUAGGAAGCAGGGAGCGCAAAAAAAAAGUUUUGUUUUCCUCUUGGGCAUCAUGGUCAGGCAAGUAAUUUAGAUUUCAUGUUCCACUCUGGAUUGAUUGCAUUAAGAAUUUAUGUAAGAUGAUCUCAGGGCUAUGGUGGGCGUUAUCCAGGUGUAAGGUCCCUACAUGAUAACUGCGUAUCAGGGACACAGAUAUUUACAGACUCUUGACUUUUGAUUGUCAAGGAGGAAGGUGCAGACCAGAUCCUAGUCCCAGAAGAACAUUGAAGAUCCAGCUUCUCUUCCCUAUCCAUGUGGAUCAUGUAGUAGAUGGUGUUGUUUUUUUUUUUUUUUUUUUUUUUUUUUUAGGUUUCCAUGAACAUACAUGGCUCUCUACAGGGGCCCCUGACAAGCGGGAUCUGUGUUUUUAAUAUGGCGCAUAGAAAGAAAUGAAGGGGAAGGAGUAGUAAUAGAAAGAGUCCUGCUGGCCCAUGGAGUAUGCAGGGCUGCUUCACGUUACAGGAGAGCAGACAAGGAGGCUCAAGAUUAAGUAAAAGAUUGUGGAGCCUGGGCCUUUUGGGUUUUGCCUUAUGCUUUCCAUAGAAGCCAGUGUAACCUGCCAGUCAGUGUGUUGCUGCCACCGCAGGCUGGGAGGGGAACUUGCCAUAGUUACGCUUGGCCCAUCUGGAUGACCUCUCAUGGGCAGAGCUGCCUGGCAGCCUUAUUUCCUCUCAUGUAAAGGGAGGGCACAACAGACGUAACCCGUGUCUCAUCAGCCCUCAUAGACGGGUCACUCUCCACUUCUAUACUCAGUAAUUAGUGGCCUUGUUAAUACUCAUAAUUAUUAACUGUUUACUGUGAGGAGCAGCAAAGCACAUUCGGGGGCAGAGAUUUUCGGUUCAUUCUGAAUUCUCACUGUAUUAUUCACUUUAUGUUCAAUAAAAGAGCAUUUCAAAGUC